AUGCAACCUGGUUGUUGGCUGCGUGCCACCCAGCCAGCAACAGCAGAUGGAGCGGGAGCGGUAGCGGUUGCGGCAGCAGGAGCGGGAUUGCCGGCGGCGGCGGCGGGAACGACAGAAGGCGGCGGAGGAGUAAGCGGUGGCUAUGUGGAAUCUUCGGCAUCGGUGGCCACAUUGGCGUCCAUCUCAUCAAUUGCUUCCACCUCGGCGGCAGCAAUGGCGGCACUAAAGGCCCGUCCUUAUCUAGUUGCACCCUUUGUGACCACAGCCUCGGCGCCACCCACUCCACAGCCCCAUGUUUCAAUGGCCACCAGCACGGCCCGCACAGCGCCGGCCACGCCCACACGUCGUCGCAUUGCCGUUGGAGCAGAAGACGUGGACCUGGUGGAGGACUUUGACGUGGGGCUUGCCGCCCAGAUGGAGGAACCGCAGCUGCACACGAAGAGCAAGUCGCAGCGCUUCUUCUGGCGCAAGGCACUGCGGCGCGUCUUCCAACGCCGCAAGUGACGGCGUCGCCGGCAGGACUUGCCCCGCUGGCAUCGUCCCGCCCGUCGCUGUCGUCGCCGCAAUUUGGCCGAGCGGGUGAGGCGCAUCUGCGCCUGCUGUGCCUACGGUCAGAUCCUGCUGCGCGCAGCCCGCGUGGCCCUGCUCAGCUGCAUCCGCUGGCGAACCCGUGGCAACAUACGCAACAACAACUUUUACUUCAGCAACCACUAAAGCAUGAGCCAGAGAACCAGAAAGCCAGAAAGCCAGCCAGCCAAGCAACCAGCAGUCGCUAAUCUCCGUGCUUGCUCCAGCUAACUCGAGUUACGUUUAAUGUUAAUGAAUAACCAUUCGACUAAGUUAUACAGCAGCCAGCGCCAGCGCCAGCGCUUAAUUUAUUUCCUGUGUUUUACAUCGACAAUUAGACUAUUUUUGUUGCUACAUAUGAAAUUAUAAAAUGUAUUACCGCCUAUUACGAACACGUCCCCACGAAUCCUGUACAUAGGGUCGAUAGUGCUCGAUCCCAUUGAUCCAUUGAUCAGUUUAAUCGAAGCGACGCAUCCGAAGGCGAGAGCGAGAGUUUAGCGAGAGCGAAUGCCGCAUACAAACCCAUAAUAUAGGCCCAUAUCUGUUACUGUACAUUUAGCCAAGAGGCGAAUCGGCAAAUAUACAUUUAUAUAGCGUACACAUAGUUAAAUGAACUGGAGUCGAUCCAUCGAUCGGUGGCUCACUCGCUCAAUUGUCCAAUUGUCACGUUGCGAUAUUACGAUAUUCAGAUAUUACGAUAUUACGAUGGGCUGAGAUGAGGAACCGCAGAUGGAUUUUUAUUAGCAUAUGUAAAUGUACAUGGAUGCAGAAACUUGAGCUGAACAUAACAAUAAUGAGAACGUAGUUAAUUAGUUUAUCCUCGGCUUAGUGAUCGACAUGAAAAAUUUGAAAUGGCAUUAGUAGGCAUUAAAGCGUAACCUGAAAUAGAAAAGCGAAUGCACUACCAGCAACAACCACAAGUGAAACGAAUCCUUAACCCCGAAUCGGAACUAAUAAGCAUAUAAUUCUAAUUAAAAGUAGCCGCCACUAACAAAAGUAUUGUUCAACAUUAAAUACUAGCGCGAGCGCAAAAUAAUUGCAGCUUUAUUGGAUAGAUAAAAUAUUCUAGACACACACACACAAACACUGAAACACACACACCAAAUUUGGCACACUUAUCACUAACUAGAGCCACACAAAAUUUAUGGAAUUUUUCUCACCCACUCUCAACACAAGCAUAUAAAUACCUAGAGGCCACUUUAGUUAAGGCUAGAAGUUAAAGGCGAUAUUUUCAAUGGAUAAUGGAAGGCGCUAAGGCGAGGGAUUAUCAGACAUGUAGAAAGUGUAGGGCCCAGUGUCCUUGGCAAUCGGAUUGGAAUGGCAGGGGAUGUGUGCAUAACUGACUAUUGACUAUUUACGAUUACGUACAUACUGCAUAUAUAUGGAUAAGUGGCCUUAUUAAUUCGGUUCUCCGCACCACAACACACCACACACUACGCACCAGAAAACCACAACCUCAAACACACAAACACACACGCACCCAAACCAAACUAAUCCAGAAACAGAUACUAAACAAAUCCCCCCAGCCAAUCUGAGAAAGCUAUUGCAAACACGAUUUACGCUGCGCGAACUAAGAAAUUAAAGAGUUAGUUAUGAAUAUUAUUGUAACUAGACAGCCUGGCCAGCCUAGCAAGCAGAUAUCAAUCUAAAAUUAAACUAAAUGUGUCCAAGUUGGAGGAGAAUUGAAGAAUGAGAGACGGUUCUUAGUAGAGUAGCCCACACACAGUCGAUCUUCGAUGUUGUCAUCAAGUUAAUCAUAACAUAAAUGCAAAUUCAACAAUCUUCGGCUGGCCGAUGUUUCGAAAAUACUUACCGCAUAUACUCUUUGAAAAACGCCCAGACUUCCGAACGAAGCUACCACACUAGACUUUUGGCAUCGAAAGUGGAGGAGUGUCCCCUCACAGAUGACCACUUUGAAAUGAAUUAGAACCAGAAGCAGAAUCAGAAGCAGAAUCAGAAUCAGGAACCCAGCUGCCGAAUUGCAAUUCCAGUAUGUUCUCACGCUUUCAAAGAGUAUGAUUAUGAAUUAUACGAUACGAUACAUAAUUUAUUGAUGUAGUUAUAAACAAAAUAAACAACAAAUUACACAAAUUGGAAAACAA